CGAAAUCGUAUUAAAACAGUUUAACGCGAAUAGUCAAAUCGAAAAGUUAUUUAAAAUUUGAAGCGGUGUUUUGAAUUGGCUUCAUUCAAAUCAAAAAGUGUUGUUGGUUUAUAAAAAAAAUAAAAUAAAAAAUCUAAAAAAUAUAUACAUAUAAAAAACCAAAAGAUAACAUUUAACAAAUAAUUAAGUACUUUUUCGCAAUUGUACAUAGUUUAUACACAUACAUACGAUUUAUUUUUGGAGAGGACCGACCGGUUUAACGGAGCUCAAACAAGUGCUUAUAUCAUCGUCAACAGCAGUAACUGAAGGCGAGAUUUUAAACUGCAACUACAACAAAACGCACUUUUAAACUCAACCAGUAACAACAACGAAAAAAACCAUGAAAUUAUUUCUAACUGGUUUCCUGUGCACGGUGCUGGUGGCUUUUGGUAAAGCCCAAGAUAAUGGUUGCUUUUCGGCCAAUGAUGUGGGUGCCAUGCCCAAGAAUAUACGCUCGGAGUUAUAUCGUGGUCAACAGGAGUUUACUUUGGCCAUGUUAGAGGCCAUUCAAAAAGCCACUCCUAAUGAAAAUGUGUUCUUCUCUCCCUACUCCACUUUCCAUGCUUUGCUUUUGGCCUAUUUUGGUGCCAAUGGCAAUACGGAAAAGGAAUUGGUGCAGGCUUUACGUUUGCAAUGGGCCAAGAAUAAGAAACACAUUAACAAUGCCUAUCGCUUGGAAAAACAGACACGUUUCACUAGAGCCAAAAACUCCUCGGUGGAAUUUGCCUCGGCCGAUAAAAUAUACUUUGACAAGAGUAUUAAUGUAUCACCCUGUCUCAGUGAAAACUUCCCCGAUGAAUUGGAAAAAUUGGACUUUAGAAAUAAUGCUGAAGCCAGCAGAAUGAACAUUAAUCAUUGGAUUGCCGAAAUCACACGCAAUGAAAUCCCCGAAAUGUUAAAUCCCGGGGAUGUUACCACCGAAAGUGAAAUGGUUUUGGCUAAUGCUGCCUACUUCAAGGGUCAAUGGUCGGAUAAGUUUGAUCCUAAAGAUACUAAACAGGAAAUCUUCUAUACCUCCCCCAGCCAACAUUCAUUUGUGCCCAUGAUGCACAAACGUGGUACCUUUAACUUGGCCAUUGAUGAACAAAUUGGUGCUCAUGUCUUACAAAUGCCCUAUAUGACUUCUAAUGAUGAGAACAAGGACUCCGAUAUUUCCAUGGUCAUUAUAUUGCCUCCCUUCCAAUCGGGUUUGGAUGAGGUUUUGUCGAAAUUGAAACCUGAUACUUUGGAAAAUGCUUUGAAGGACAGUAUGCCCAGAGAAAUUGAUAUUUCGUUGCCUAAGUUUAAGUUUGAACAAAAUUUGGAAUUGGUACCGAUCCUCCGUAAAUUGGGCAUUAACUCUUUGUUCGAGCACAAUGCCGAUUUAACUGGUUUCUCUGCUGAAUCUCAAUUGAAAGUGGGUGAUGCCAAACAUGUAGCCAAAAUCAAGGUGGACGAAGAGGGUAGUACAGCUGCGGCCGCCACAGUGUUGUUCAGUUUCCGUUCUGCACGUCCCGUUGAACCCACCAAAUUCGAGUGCAAUCAUCCAUUUUUGUUCCUAAUCUAUGAUCACACCUCUAAGGCUGUACUAUUCACCGGUAUCUAUCGGGAUCCCAAGACACAAAAGUAAAUCUCUUCGAGUGUUUGUCUGUGUGUGUAUGUGCGUAGAGUAGGAAGUAAAUUAUUAUUGUUAUUUAAUCAAAACCACUUCUCUUCUGUAAUUCUCUACUAAUUAUUCUCUACUUUUUAUAUGAAAAAAAAAAAAAAAAUUUAAAUAUUGCAACUAAAUA